GCGAGCGGCGUCUGUUGGCGCGCGGGCGGGCGGGCCGCUCUGAGGUGCUGUCAUGGCGCUCGCUUCGCUGCAGCCCCUGGAGGCGCUGAAAUACGCCGAGCUCCAGCGCAUCGCCAAGGCCGCCGGGCUGCGGGCAAACCUGCGGGCAGACAAAUUGUUGGAAUCAUUGAAGCAACACUUUGAAAGGACCAAUGGAGAAAGUGAAAACAUGGGUUCUGUAAAGAGUGCAUCUGCUCCUAUUAAAUCAGAUGAACUGAGCAUUCAGGAGGAAAUUUUGUCUGAUUCAGUGUGUUUCAUUACAAAAAGAGGUGGUAAGGAUAAGAAAAUAACCAGAAAAAAGAGGAACUCCCGUGAGGAAACAAAUAGCAGUGAAGAAAACCCAGUGCUUUCUGAUGAGAAACAGGUGCAUUCUGAAAUGAAAGAAAAUGAAGUGCCUCAGGGUGAGCACAAAAAGGGAGAGAAGAUAUCACAAAACAAAAUCGAGAUAACUGAAGAGAGAGCUACUGAGAAUCCAAGGAUGGGUGCUGGCCAGAAGAAACAAGCAGAGAAGACUUCUACUAGAGGCAGGGGAGAGCAACGUAAUGCCCGUCCUGCAGGAGGGAAGAUCCCUGUGCCUGUGGGCCGUGCAUCGAGGUCUGCAGGAGUGACAGCUACCACACCAAACUUUAAAAAGUUGCAUGAGGCUCAGUUCAAGAAAAUGGAAUCUAUUGCUGACUACGUUGAGAGGAAAAAAAAACUGAAUGAAAGUUGCAGUGCAGUCAAGAAACAAGCCAGUGGCAAAAGAUUUUUAUUCAGCCCAAAUCCAGAAAGAGGCAGGUUCUCCACCACCAGCACUCCUUGUAACCUGCGGCGCUCACCACGCAAUUCUCUGAACGCUGCUAAUCGGAACAUUUUAUCCCAGAAGUCUUCAUUUCAUCCUUCCAUACUUUCAACAUCCAAAAUGAAUGUCAGGUUCUCAGAAGCCACAAAAGAUAAUGAGCACAAACGCUCUCUUACCAAGACUCCAUCUAGAAUGUCUCCAUACAUGGAGGAGAUCUGCACACCUGACACUCCAAAGAGCUGUAAACUAAUAAGUAAGAAGAACAGUAAGGGGAAUGCAAGAAAUAAUGAUCUGACUGCAGCAAAGGCUCUUACCCCCUUCAAGUUUGGAGCUCAACCUGCACAACCCACAAGCGGAAAGAAGACAUUUGAUCUCAAAGCAAGCCUCUCUCGGCCACUUCGGUAUCAGCCACACAAAGGACGACUAAAACCGUGGGGAGAAUUUAAAGAAAAUGCUGUUCCCAGUAGGUCUGGUGGUAUCUGUUCACAUAGGAAAGAUUACAAACAGCCACAUCUCCAGACAAGGGAAGAAAGGCGUGAGACACUUGAGCAAGACAGAAAAAAGAAAAAGGCUCAUGCUCUUGCCAAACGUAGAGGCCUAUCUGGGUGUUAGGACAAACAAGAAAGAUCUAAGAGAUCACUGUAAAUACUGUAAAUCUUCUUUCUUCAUAAUGUUUUCAUUUAACUAAUUUACUUGACUAAAAGAUGUUAAAGAGGAAAAUAUAAGUGGAAAAAAAAGCUCAAGAAGCCUCCUUGCAACUUAGGGUAGACUUGUGCAUCAGAAUGGACUUGUCCAUUGUGCUAGAAUGCAGGCCAUGCAGGCUUUAGAUAGCAGCAGCUUCAAAACGUUCCAGUGUUCAAAAUGACAAGAUUUGAAAGUACCUGCUUGCCCUGUUCUCCAGAUCAAUCCUUAAGUUCUCUAAGUUACAGCAAUUACUCAGCAUUUCUAAUUGAAUGCCUAUGAAACAGUAGGGAAUUUCAAAGUGAAGAAAAAAUAUGCAAGCUCUCUGGCAAACUGAUGCAUAAUUGUAAACUACCUUUUUGAAAAAGUCACAACUGAAUUGACAAAUUACCAGCUGAAUGCUUUGAACAAUUAAGGUUUUGCUCCUUUCUAUAGUAAAUAGCAGAUGUUAAAAUCCUCUUGCUUUUCACCUCUAAGAUGCUUAAUUGUGUUGAGGUACAUUUUAAAAGAAUGGUUUUAAAAGAAGCUGUUAUUUUUACAUUAAAAAAAUACAUAGAAAAGUUGUCUGGAUUUUUUAGGGAUAGAAGUAGAAAGGUAAUUUAGCAGCUGUAAUCUCAGCUGUUGAGCAAAUAAAUGUUUCAGUGAAUUUAUGUCCUAUCAUAUGUUGUGAUGUCAAGAAAAAACAAAUUUCUAAAUAAAUGUAAUGGGGGAAAUAAA